UAGGGCGAUUAGGCUAAAGUACCCCCAACGAAGUGGUGAAUAAUUAGAGAUUUGCAAUUAUAAAUGGGGUCAAAUCGAUAUUAAAAGAAGUUGAGGGGAGCAAAACGGAAAAAUAAAGAAAAGUAUACCCAGGUUUAGAUUCAGUAAUGUUGAACCGAUUUUGGUUGGCUGGUUGAUUUGCUUGUUUGAGUUUUGCUGACUGCUCCUUCGUCUCCGCGGGCUCCACCCAUCACCACCCAGGAAGGGGAAGACAAUUUUAGAGAGAGAGAGAGAUAGAUAGAUACACGAACUGCGUCUCUCUUUACUUCUGCUUAUAGGUUGCGUUUUUUUUUUCUCGGGCUUUUUUGCCCUUUUCCCCCUUUGUUUUCCUGUAAUUUUUUCUGCUGUUCAUCCGUUCUGAGACCUCUGUUCGGCAUCCUCUUUCAGGUUUUUUUUUUCUAGUAAUGCCAUCAGCAAUGAGCUAAACUCAAUUCCUAGCUGACCUCUAACUGAGAACAUUGCAUGAUGGCUAGAAAACGAAGCCAACAAAAGAAUGGGUUGGAUCAGCCGUCACAAAGCCAUAAUAAAGGAGUUGCAGAUCCUGGCCCUUCACCUUUAACUAGCAAAGAUAGAGGUAAUGCGAAUGAAGAAAAUGUGGGUUUAGACAAAGAAAUUCCAAAUGGUACCCAUUCUCCGCCUCCCACAAAGAGCAUUAAUGACAUGGAUCAUGUUCAAGAUGGUAAAACCAGUAAGAAAAAAUCUAAAAAAUCUCACAAGAAAGAGAAAAAAGUUGCGGAUGAGACAUUUACAGGCCAUGCAAUGCCAUGUAAUGAUGAUGCUGAGGUAGACAAGAGUGGUAAAUCUGCAGCCGAAGCUUCGAAUGUAAGAGAUGAAAGUGAGUUGUCUAAAGAUCAUGGUUUAGAAACUAUGAACAGUUCUGGCAAUUUAUCGCAUAGAGAUGAAGGCUCAGAAGAUGUGGAGUUCCCAGAAACUAUGGUUUUUAAAUUCAUAAGGACUGCAGCGGUUUCUGUAGCAAAGUUAUCAGCCGAGUGGGUACAGAGGCAUAAACCUACUGUUGCUAACCUAAAGUCCAAUACUCUUAAGGCUUGUGAUCAUGUCCGAAUGAAGAUUCGGCAUGCACAACCUAUCGUAUUCAGGUGGAUUAAGCAAAUUGGAAAUAUAAUGCUUCUUCUGUUUAUGGUUUGGUUGGAUUGUAGUUUGAGGGGCAUUGAUUCGUUUAUCCGCAUGGGGACAACAUCAGUUUUCACAAUUGUAUGGUGUAGUGUUCUUUCAGUAAUUGCCAUGGUUGGAAUCGGAAAGUUUCUAAUCACACUGGCUGUAGUUGCUGCGGUUGGACUAUUUCUUGGGUUCACGCUUGCAUUAGUACUGACUGUCAUCACUGCAAUAAGUUUCUUAUGGUUUUAUGGAAGCUUUUGGACUACAGGGCUCAUUGUAGUCCUUGGAGGCUUGGCAUUUCUAACAAAGCACGACCGCAUCGCACUCUUUCUUGCAAGUGCGUAUUCCAUAUAUUGUGCAAAGAAUUAUGUGGGAUGGCUUGGCUUAGUUGCGGGACUGAACUUAUCAUUUAUAUCAAGUGAUGCCCUGCUUUUAAUCCUGAAGAAUAUCAUAGAUGAGCAAAGAAUGCCAAACAGCUCUCCAGAACAAGCAGCUGGAUUUCAAGGCCAACCUUUCUUUACUCCCGACGAGGCUUCACCGAAUGGCAUCGGCACUGCUGGUCUACGGGCUGAUCGUAGCCCGGGAGUUCCUUCAACUAGCGGAUCUGAUUCUGAAAUAACGUCUGAAAAUGAAAUUGUCAGAUUGUUGAAUUGUGGAGAUCAUUAUGCAGCAUUGGGAUUGACCCGGUUUGAGAAUAUAGAUGUAUCAAUUAUCAAGAGGGAGUAUAGGAAAAAGGCUAUGCUUGUUCAUCCUGAUAAAAAUAUGGGCAAUGAAAAGGCUGCUGAAGCUUUCAAGAAACUUCAAAAUGCAUAUGAGGUGUUACUUGAUUCCUUAAAGCGUAAAGAAUAUGAUGACGAAUUGAGAAGAGAAGAGCUGCUGAAUUAUUUUCGUAAAUUCCAGAACACUUCCAACGAGAAUAAAGGGCAUGGUUUGUUCAAGUCCAGCUUUGCUCGCCCAGAAGGUGAUGGAGAGGAUCCAUUGGGAGAGUCUAGACAUAUCGCAUGCAGAAAAUGUGGCUUCUUUCAUUUGUGGGUAUAUACUACAAAAUUAAAAUCUAAAGCAAGAUGGUGUCAGGAAUGCAAAGAUUUUCAUCAGGCUAAAGAUGGGGAUGGAUGGGUUGAACAGUCAUCACAGCCCCUUUUCUUCGGAAUUCUACAGCAGGUACAAGCUCCCUCUGCAUAUGUGUGUGCUAGUGGCAAAGUAUACAAUGCAACCGAAUGGUACAUUUGUCAGGGAAUGAGGUGUCCUGUCAAUACACACAAGCCGACUUUUCAAGUGAACACUAAUGUUGUCUCAAAAAACGGGAAUUCAAAGGGUUCGUCUAGUUCAGGACAAAGACAAAAUAUGGAGGAGACAAUGACAGAGGAGGAAUUCUUCGAGUGGCUACAAAACGCAGUACAAAGUGGGAUGUUUGAGAAUUUUGCAGGCACUUCGUCUGAGAAUUUUAACCCCAAUAGUGGUGGAGGAACUGGAAACAGCAGUGCAAAUAGCAAAAGAAAGAAGAAGGGAAAGAAGCAAUGGUGAUUAAUAAUUAAUAAUACUAUCCAUGUGUUUUUUUUAUCUUAUCCCCUUUUUAGCCUACCAAUCGACAAAAGUACUCGUUAACUGCUACUAAUUGUGUACUGACAUGAGUUUUAAAUACAUGACUGCUGUGUUGAUUAUAAGAGAUUGUAUAGCAUUCCGUCCCGUAAUUCUUUUUUCGGACGGUUUUGCCCCCACGAAGAUCUACCUAAAUAUGGCCAUCGAGUGGACUCGUGGCAUAUUUUUGUUCCCGA